ACAGUACUUGUGUGUUUCUCUGUCUGACUGUGGUCAGAGUCAGGAAGUGGGUUGAUUCAGAGCCAGUACAGACGACAGCAUCAAGAUGGAGAUCACGUCCUUCUACCCUCUGAUGUCAGCCAUACUGAGCAUCCAGCCGGACCGGACGCAGUUCUUUCGCUACGAGAAGCUCAGUGUGAGCUGCUCUGCGUCGGGGAACGUCGUGGCCUGGACAGUGAAGAGGAACGUGUCGACUGGGUCUGACCUUUCAUGCGGCGCUGACUGGGGCCGCUGGGAUGGAUCCCAGUGCCUCAUUCGCAGCCUGUACCCAGCAGACACUGGGCUUUACUGGUGUGAGUCUGAGUCUGGGGAGAGCAGCGACGUCCUCAGCAUCACGGUGAAUGCCGAUGACGUGAUCCUGGAGGUUCCGUCGCUUCCUGUGAAGGAGGGAGACACAGUGACUCUUCGCUGUUCACACAAGCAAAGACAUGCAGCGUUUUCCACCUCAGACUUCAAAGCCACCUUCUAUAAAGACGGUGUUUUCAUUGGGACGGAGCCUGAAGGAACCGUCCUGCUUCCGUGUCCACAUCGGACCAAGGUUUCUACAGGUGUGAGCAUCCGUCAAAGGGGAAGUCGCCUCAGAGUCACCUCAGAGUCACAGGAGACGUCCAAGGUGAAACCCUGAACCCGUUCAGUUUGAGGAGGUUCUGGUCCAAAGCAGCAGGAACCUCUGUGGACUGGAUGAAAAACCAGUUUGAUCUCACACCUCGUCCUCAAGUUACUGAAGCUGCUGUCGUCCUGGAAAUCACUGUAACAAAUGUGUCAGAGGCUCAUUGAGUGUGGGAACAAUCACCAUCUGACAGUUAACAAAGAUCAACAUGCACGCAGAGACACACACACACACACCUGCUGCUGUGUUUCUGCUUUGAUCUUGUUCAGCUUGUCUGACCAGAAGAGCCGCUCGUCCAAAAAAAGAUCCUUGUGCUACAAAAAGUAAAACCCUUCAUGACAAGAAAUGAAAAUAAAACAUGUUUCAUGUUUUUAA